AUGGUGACGGGGCGCUGUGGCGGCAUGGUGACGGAGCGCUGGGGUGGCAUGGUGACGGAGCGCUGGGGCGGCAUGGUGGCGGAACGCUGGGGCGGUGUGGUGACGGAGCACUGGGGCGGCAUCAUGCGCUGGGGUGGCAUGGUGAUGGAGCGCUGGGGCGGCAUAGUGACGGAGCGCUGGGGCGGCAUGGUGACGGAGCGCUGGGGCGGCAUGGUGACGGAGCGCUGGGGUGGCAUGGUGACGGAGCGCUGGGGCGGCAUGGUGGCGGAGCGCUGGGGUGUCGUGACGGAGCACUGGGGCGGCAUCACGCUAAAGCACUAA